AAUUGUAUGAAUAAUGAGAUCUGUCGUAGAAAGAAGACGAUAGAGAUGUGGAUUUUCUCCUUAUCUUCAUUUUAUCCAAACCCCUUUUAACCCUCUUCCUUCUUUACCAAACGAAUUCAACAACCGAAACAAGAAAUUUGUUAAGAAAAGCUUCACAGCACCAUGUCACUUAUGUCGGUUCCAUCUUUUUCCUCUAUCUCGGUUUCCAAUCUUACUCAUCGUCGCCCAAAUCAAAUCAUCUGCUCCGCCGGAGCAAGUGUUGCUGAACGAAAAGCAGUCAACGCAACUGAACCGCUAUUGCUUAAUGCUGUUCGUGGUGAAGAUGUAGAAAGACCCCCAGUUUGGCUUAUGAGACAAGCAGGGAGGUACAUGAAGAGUUAUCAAGCCAUCUGUCAGAAGCAUCCUUCGUUUCGUGAAAGAUCAGAGAAUGUAGAUCUUGUUGUGGAGAUCUCUCUACAGCCAUGGAAAGUCUUUCAGCCUGAUGGGGUUAUUUUAUUUUCAGAUAUUCUUACGCCUCUACCGGGAAUGAACAUACCCUUUGACAUUGUUAAAGGAAAAGGUCCUAUCAUUUUUGAUCCAGUGAGCACGGCCGGUGACGUUGAUAAAGUGAGGGAAUUCACUCCUCAAGAAUGGGUUCCGUAUGUUGGAGAGGCAUUGACAAUUUUGAGAAAAGAGGUAAAUAAUGAAGCCGCGGUUCUUGGUUUUGUUGGAGCUCCUUUUACCCUUGCAUCAUAUGUGGUUGAAGGCGGAUCAUCGAAGCAUUUUUCCAAAAUAAAGAGGCUAGCUUUCUCACAGCCCAAGGUCCUCCAUGCACUGCUUCAAAAGUUCACAACCUCGAUGGCCAAGUACAUUCAAUACCAAGCCGACAAUGGUGCUCAAGCUGUUCAAAUCUUUGACUCAUGGGCAACGGAGCUCAGCCCAGCUGAUUUUGAAGAAUUCAGUCUCCCUUACUUGAAGCAAAUUGUCGACACAGUAAAACAAACUCAUCCAAACCUCCCUUUGAUACUUUACGCAAGUGGAUCAGGCGGGUUGCUUGAGAGGCUACCCUUGACCGGCGUCGAUGUGGUGAGCUUGGAUUGGACCGUGGACAUGGCUGAAGGCAGGAAACGGUUAGGGUCUGAUAUAGCGGUCCAGGGGAAUGUGGACCCUGGGGUGCUAUUUGGGUCAAAAGAGUUCAUCACGAAACGGAUAAAUGAUACGGUGGAGAAAGCGGGGAAAGGUAAGCAUAUUCUGAAUCUUGGGCACGGGAUUGUUGUAGGUACACCAGAGGAAAAUGUGGCUCACUUUUUUGAGGUUGCCAAAGGACUCAGGUACUGAAAACAGAGCUUUUAGCGUAGAAGACGACUAAAAUUCAUUGUAAUCUUAUUCAGAUUCUAAAUGACCUGUUUGCCAACAUUAAGUCAAAGCCAAAAAGUCAUAAUUUUGAAUAGAUUAGAAUACUCUGCAACUUGACAAUGCAGAACUUUCAUUUUUC